AAAAAUCUUUAAUAUCUUUCCAGCAACGAGCCUCCAUUGCUGCAGGACACGCAAACACACACAUGCAUAUACACGAACACACUGUGGGUCUUUUAAAAACGAAGAAGAAAAACUAUAGCCUGCAGAAUUAAGAGCAUCUUCUUCACAUUGACAUUACUCAUCAUCCGACAAAAAGGGGGGAGAAGGGCUGUAACCUGAAUGGAUUGAAUGUAUAGCGCUGCUGACAUCGUGACAACACCAGCACUGUCUGUGGAUCUGUGCAACUCGCUCUCCUGAUUGUGUAAUAUCUUCUUCUUUUUUUUCCCUGCAAGCGGCCAAAGCUGCAUCCGAGAGGAGAGAAAGAAGAAGAAGAGGAGGAGGAGGAGGAGGGGAAAACAGACAGGGGGUAUUGCAACAUUCAUCAGAAUUUAUUUUUCUUCCUAUUACAUGGCGCAAGGGCUAUACAAACGGGACCGUCCUGGGUGUGAUACUGCCACGGUGAAUUUGGAUAUUCAAGCAGCAGCAGAAGCGGCGGCAGUAUCCUCCUCCAUCCACGGAAGAAGCAUCCUCGGCUGCGGCGGCGACCACACCGACUCCCCGUCCUCCUCCUGCCUGCUCUAUGUCGAGUGAUGGUCGGCUUGCCUUGCUGGAUGCUCCCCGCUCUCUCCGGAUCGUCGACGACCGAACCUCCACUGACCGCAGACCCCCAUUUUCGGCGGAAACCUUCCCAGAGCUAUAGGGCUACAUAUGGAAACUGGGGAUCAAAAUUUUAGGAAAAAAGGAAAUCUACGCGGUUAAUUUCAUGUUUUUUUUCUUUUAGGUUUUUGUGAGUUUUUUCGGGGUAUUUUUAAAACCUGCUAAUUAAUUUAUUUAUUUGUUGAGGGUUGAUUUCCUCAUUCCACAGUGUGUAGGGUUGUGAGAAGCCAGCGUGAUAUUUUCUUUUAAGCUCACAAUAGGUCGUUAUUAAACACUCCGAGAAUCGCUUUUAUUUCCCCUCGACAGGAGUUGAAUCCGUCUAUUGUUUACUCUCUUUUGUUUCCACUAAUAUGAUAGAUUCCCCUGCUGUCCUUCGUUUCCCUACCCACUUUAUUAUCUCCUUGCUUUCCCCCCUUUGGACUAACAAAGCACAUUAGAAUAAUACUAUUAUUAAUAAUAUUUAGGGUAGCUUUGGGUUUAGUUGUAAUCUUCAAUUCUAAAUGAUAUAACCUCUGACUAAAGUAACUGUAACUCACUAUAACAGACAUAUUGAACUGUUGUACUAAGCCUGCCAUUACUCUAACAUCGCCCCCCUAGCCAUCUCUGUGCUCCAUUUGAGCUUAUGUUCAUUCAGCUCUGUGCUCAGCUGUAACCUUUACAAGUCAAGAAACAGGUUUUUUUCUUUUUCUACUGCAGGCCUGUAAAGAAUAAACCUCAGUGUGGUUUAUCUCACUUCUAUUUUUAGGCUGCCACUAUAGGCAUAAUUAUUCCUUUUUUGCUCAGUGUUGUUAUCCAUACAUCUGCAGCUGGAGGCCUGCUGAGGUGCUGUCAUCCUCUCCAUACCUGAUUUCUAAUCUGUUUUGGGGUAUAAAAGUAAGAAAAAAAAAACAGGGAGGAAGAGACAUCUCUGGCUCUUCCUCUCUUCCCCCCCAAAAAAACCUCCAUCCUCAGUUUUUCUCUUGUUUUGGUCCUCACCCAAACGCAACCAUAAGGUUCCUACCGCAUCCUCCUCCUCCUUCUUCCCUCUCCUUCCGCUCGAGUAUAUCCCGUUUUUUCGGUUUGGUUUGGUCCCGCAAAUUUUCAAAUAUUUACUUCCUGUACAUCAAGAGGAAAGGGGGUCCCCCUUUCAUGGAAUGCGGAAACAUGGGUCUGUUCGACCGCGGAGUCCAGAUGCUGCUGACCACGGUGGGAGCCUUCGCGGCCUUCAGCCUCAUGACCAUCGCGGUCGGCACGGACUACUGGCUGUACUCCCGCGGCGUCUGCAGGUCCAAGUCCAUGAACGAGAACGAGACCAGCAAGAAGAACGAGGAGGUGAUGACCCACUCGGGCCUGUGGAGGACGUGCUGCUUGGAAGGAAACUUCAAAGGGAUGUGUAAACAGAUAGACCACUUUCCUGAGGAAACAGAUUACGAAGCGGACCCAUCUGAGUACUUCUUACGUGCGGUGCGAGCCUCCAGCAUCUUCCCCAUCCUCAGUGUCAUCCUGCUCUUCAUGGGAGGCCUGUGUAUAGCUGCCAGUGAGUUCUACAAGUCACGCCACAACAUCAUCCUCAGCGCAGGAAUCUUCUUUGUGUCUGCAGGCCUGAGCAACAUCAUCGGGAUCAUUGUGUACAUAUCAGCCAACGCGGGGGACCCUUCGAAAAGCGACUCGAAGAAGAACAGCUACUCUUACGGCUGGUCCUUCUACUUUGGUGCCCUCUCCUUCAUCAUGGCUGAGAUGGUGGGCGUUUUGGCUGUGCACAUGUUCAUCGACCGCCAUCGACAGCUCCGAAUAGGGGCGCGCGCAGCCGACUACCUCCAAGGCUCGGCCAUAACACGAAUCCCCAGCUAUCGCUACCGAUACAGACGUCGCUCGCGCUCCUCCUCCCGCUCAACAGACCCGUCCCACUCCCGUGACACCUCGCCGGUGGGCCUCAAGGGCUUCAGCGCGCUGCCAUCCACGGAGAUCUCCAUGUACACGCUGCCCCGGGACACCCUCAAGUCCUCUGGCACGCCCACCGCCACCUACAACUCUGAGAGGGACCACGGCUUCCUGCAAGUCCACAACUGCAUCCAGAAGGACCUGAAAGACUCGAGCCAGACCAACACAGCCAAUCGCCGCACUACGCCAGUAUGAGGGAUUCGACACAGGCCAGGGCAGCCCGGCGGAGACCAGGAGACACGGGAACCCCUGUGGGCGCAGUACGUCCCAGGAGAAGAUGGAUUUCCAUGUUUAUAGACAUUUGUUCUUUUUGUUCAGCUGCAUGACUUUUCCAUUACCAUUGUUGAGAGAGUUUCAACAAGUCUGCUGUGUUCCUGGAUUGAAUAGCAGAACAGUGAGAAUGGGUCAGGGUGUCCUGAGAGAGUGAGAUCUGUCAUUUUUUGAGCAGGGUUUGUUUAUGAGGUCUGGGGCACUGAAAGGCAGGGUGGGAGAGUCUGGGCAUUUAUGAGAUAUAGAUUUCAUGAUUUCAUAGCCCUUUGGUUUGACAGUUUUGCCCCGCAAUUUUGGUUGGAGCAACAGGUCAAGCUCCCCCUCAGCAGGCCCACCACUCAGAUUCACACCUCUUUUAUUUAUAGACUCAUUCUUUUUGCAUUAAAACUGUGAAUUGUUACAGUUUGGGAUUCAGUAAGAAUUAGCCCAAUCUGUAAUCUCUAACAAAGGUACUAUAUAUAUAUAUAUAUAUGUGUGUAUAUGUAUAUAUAUAUAUAUAUAUAUAUAUAUAUAUAUAUAUAUAUAUAUAUAUAUAUAUAUAUAUAUUACUUUUAUAAAUAAAUUAUUACGUUAAUAAUCAAGAGUUACAGACUUUACCGAAGCAAAAAAGAAGAAAAACCAAGUUAACUAAACCAAGUGCUGUUGGUAUGAGAAAAGACUCUUUUAGUAUCUGUUCGUUUGAAGGGUGAGAACAAGAGAAGGUGCUUUAGGUGGCAGCAGUACACAGCGACUGACGCCACCAAAAGCAGAUGCAGACAGUCAACAGUAGAAUAAUAUCUAUUCUUUUAACAGAACCUUCUCGUCUUUUUCUCAGUCCCUGUUCGCUUUCUUUUCUGGGGGGUCGUAACGGGAGAGUUGAACCCCUUAACAGAAAGAGCCAACAAAAGGGGUCAAAGUUCACAAAGACUCCAAACACGACUUCUACAAAAUAAAAAGGAAGGAGCAGAGGGGAAGGAAAAGAAGAGGACGCCAAACACAAAAAUAAAAACAAGUUAAAUAUGAAAUAGUACAAGAGAAGCUAAGUGACUCACAAUUUCAGAAAUUAAAUGCAUGCUAUAAAAUUACAGCAAAUCUGCUCUUGAGAAACUUAAGUUUUAAAGGUUAAUAAUUAUAAGGGGGGAAAAAAGCAAAGACGCUAAAGUUUAACGUAUUAAUGUUUUCAUGUGUAUUUUUCUUAUGUUUUCUUUUUUAUUUAUUUAGUAUAUUUUAUCUUAUUGCUUUUGUGAGACAAACCAAACAAUCUACAUUGAACAAAACUGCUUUUUUAAAUGGUUUGGUUGAUUUCUUUAUAAAUAUAUAAAUAUAUGUAUGUAUGUAUUUUAUUUUUAAAAACUCACACAGCCUUAGUCAUUUCUUUGUUUCUUUUGAUUUUUAAUGUGUUGUUCAAAUUGAAAAUGAAAUCUUUAAAAGGUGCCAAAACCGAAUGAUCCUAUACUUGGAUGCAUCAAGUCCUGAUGAAUAAAAUACGAACCCUAGGGGGAACAAAUCA